GUCGAUACACAGAACUUAACAGUUCGGAUUCCCAGGAAGAACUGAGAAAUGUGAACAGGAGGAUGCUCUGCCCGGACGACUUCCCUCGUCCGCGUCUUGUCUCCGCCUCUCUUGGGUUUCCGCUCUCAGCCCAGUUCGAUUGCGCCCCGCCGACUGUGAGUUGAUCCCGCCUUUUGCUUCUUCAGUUUAAUCCUCCGCCCACACGCCGAAUUCAUCUCGCUAGACCCUCUCUGAUGCAUACGUGAUUGAGCUGGUUCCGAUUCCGUGUCAUCGUAUCGAGAUCGGAGCGUACUUUUCGGUUGAUUCAUCGCGUCGGGAUGGAACCAAGGCGCGAUUUUGAUGAGGAAGACGGAAUCAGCAGGAGGAACAGGGCAAAGGGUGUUGUUGCGAAAGACGAGCAAGGAGUGGACAGGAUCAAGGAUUUGCCGGAUUCCAUCUUGAUUCACAUCCUCUCGCUUCUGCCCGCUAGGGACGCCGUGAGGACCCUCAUCAUCCCUAGCUUCGGUCGCCUCUGGACUUCGAUUUACAACCUGGACUUCGAUUGGUGCCUGGACCACGAUUGCUCGAACAGUUCGCCCUGGCACUGCAGUUACGACGAGGGCACCCUGUUGAGGUUCGCGGAGUUUGUUCGCCGCGUGGUCGCGCUCCACCAGGGCCCCAGGAUUCGUAAGUUCCGCCUUCAUUUCGAGUUCUCGAUAGACCACCAAUUGGAUGAACUCAUGUCCCUCGAGCUCGAGCCCGAGGAGCUAGCGAUCAUGAUUAGGACUGGGGGAUUGGCAGGUGAGGUCAAUCGGUGGAUCGAAUUCGCGGUGAAUAGAAAGGCUGAGACCCUUGAUUUGGAUUUUCUGGCGUGCGGCUAUCCAAACGUGGGGUAUAAGUAUGAAUUGCCUGACUUUGUUCUCCAGAGCAGCUUCUUAACUGAAUUGAAGUUGGUGAGCUGCAAGGUGAAUUUAUCUACAAAUAUUGUCAUGAGAGCGCUUAAAGUGUUGUAUCUUAAGGAAAUUGCGCUGAACGAUGAUUCGACCAAGAACUUCAUAGACGGGUGUCCAGUGCUCGAGAGUUUGACCGUACUGGAUUGUUAUGGCCUGUGUGAACUAAAUUGUGUAUCCCAGAAACUAAGGAGUGUGACGGUCGCUCCGGGUAUUCUUGAGGAGUCGAGAGUUAAAGUUGCCUGUCCAAAUAUCGAAUCACUAAGCAUCUCUGGAUGGAUUGAGCGUCUGGAACUAGAGAACCUGUCAUCUCUACGAGAUGCAUCCGUUGAUUUCUCUGAUUGUUUCUUCUGUGUACCUGAUGAGUAUUGUGAGGUCCGAAAGAUUCUAGAGGAGCUCCAUCAAGUGAGAGUACUUACGAUGCAUCAUCACCCAAUUCUGGUUCUCACGGUAUGGGAGUUGAUGAACUUGCCUUGCCCGUCUAACAGUUGGCAGCGCUUGAUUCUUAGGACAAUGCUUACCAAAUGGCACCUUCCCGGAAUUGCCAAUGUAUUGAGAAGCUCCCCUAGCUUGGAAGUGCUAGAUAUACACAUCAUCCCGGGGGAAAAGACUUCCAUUGCUGCACAAGAAGCAUGGCAUCAUUUGUACGAGAUUUGUGAGGGGAACUACUGGGAUUUACAAGAUCGCUCUUUUGGAUGUCUUGCAGACUGCCUUAGAAUCGUCAGAGUGUCUGGCGACAUAACAAAGGAUCAUGUGAUUCAAUUAGUGCGGUUUUUACUCCGUAAGGCAUUAGUUUUACAGAAGCUUGUCAUCUCUUCAGGGCCGAAUGAUUCUUCCAUUUCAGUUGAGGAGUCGAAGGAAUAUUCUGACAAGUUGUCGAGUUUUCCGAGAGGUUCUCCUCAAGCUGUAGUUGUGUUUUCUAAUGAAGGACGUUCUUUCCCUGAAAGCUAAGUUUUAAUCCAGGGUCAAUAAGAAGCGCCACCUACCGCAAGGUGGAUUGUUACAGUCCUGAUCAACCAGAUUUUGUGGUUAUGAAGCAUAUCUGAUCAAGCUUUCUGAAGUGUUAGUUUUUUGGGUUUACAGUUCUUCCUUCUGAUUUCCUUUUCUCUCCGGCAAUGGGUUUUACCUUUUGAAGAUGCAUCGGCAUCGGGAUCGCCUGAGGAGGAGGCUGCUUGUAAAAACUAUUUCUCUGUCAAUAUGCUUGGCAGGCCAACCUGUUUUUGAAGCGGAGGAUUUUGGAGCGACCACUUUUAACAUUGUAAGUAUAUUCAAUAUCUUGAGCUCACUCACAAAACCAUAAAUGUGAAUAAAUUUCAUCCAA